AUGCACAUGAGGGUUCUGACAUCAGAGAUUCAGCCUCGAACUCACAGAGUGUAUGGAUCAAAAGUCAUGGAAUAUAAUAGCCUUCGUUGUUUCUCUGGUGAAUGCGAUUAUAAUGACUGCAUUCCUCACAAUUAG